ACCUUUUGUCCGGAUUAUAUACUUUUUCCACAGGGACAUGCUCUCGCCACACUGCCACAUGAUGCCCAUGGAAUGGCCAGUAAAUGGCCUUCACUGGCAGGAUUUGCUAGUCGACUCUCCAGAGUGUGCUAUGCCAGACGAGGUCGCUCAGAUUGGGUUGGUGGUCGAAAUCGGUCGCCAACAGACGCUCUGGGCCCAGUUCGGAGUGAGAGCCCACUGCCGAGUCCCAGAGUGCAGUCUGAGGAAAGCCAUCACGGUCCUGAGGAAAGCCUCCGCCGUCGCACGUCUGCGAUCGCCAGGUUGAGACGGAAUUCUGGUGACUGGGAGAGAGCCCUGAGUUUGCUUUUCGCAGGGCCACAAGAUCUGGUCCUUUUCUCUGCAGCAGCCAGUGUUUGUGCCAAGGCCUCUGCGUGGAGAGUAUCUUCUUUGUUGCUAGAUGAGCUGAGCAUGCGAAGUUGGCCACCAGACGUGGUGUUUUGGAGCUCUCUAGGAUCUGCCUACAGCGGUGCUGGAAAGUGGCAACUUGCGCUUUGGGCACUUUUGGAGGCACCGAGAGCUGCGCAUCUGGAGCCCAACGUGGUUUCAUACAGUUCUGCCAUGACCGCAUGUGAACGCGUAUCCUUGUGGGAAAUGGUCUUAAAUCUCCUAGUUGAAGCAGAACAGCUACCAGAAAAAGCAAAUGCGUUCUCCUACAGCUCUGCCAUUGUUGCCUGCGGGCAAGUAGAAUCAGGGUGGCAACGCGCCCUGGCUCUUUGGUCUCAAAUGAUAUCUGCUUCACAACCAUCUCCAAAUGUGGUUGCCUUCAAUGCAACCCUGACAGCCCUAGAGCGCGCAACUUGCUGGCAAUUGGCAUGUAGCCUGCUCGAGCAGUUUGAAGACCAGACCAGAUCCAACCUCCCCUUGACGCCAGAUGCUUUGAGCUACAGCGCUGUUGCUACUGCAUGUCCUUGGCCACUGGGUCUAUGGUGGCUAUUGAGGGCCAGAGAGAAGAGAGAACUCAAAGCUGGUCCCGGUCCAUGGAGCUGCCUAGCUCGAAAAAUGGGCCAUGACCGAGCCUGGCAAGAAGCGCUUCAGCUGCUGUCUGGUCCCAUCGAAGGAGACAGAUUGGGGGAAGUUUGGUGCAGCGUGAUGUGGGCAAUGGAGGUCUCUGGAUUCACUUCAGAGCCUCCAUUCCGAGUGCGACGUGACCGAGUGCACCAGUCCAAGGAGUUCUCCUUGUUGGAUUUCAUCGUGACGCGGGUCCCUCGCGGAGAUCUCUCUGCACUACUGGCGACAGUGAAGCGCUUUGCAGGUGAGAAGGAAUGGCUGAAGGUGGCUGGGGGGAGCAAGGCUCGCCUUCUACAGGCUGUUCUCCGACCAGGAGAUCGCAUUCUGGAGCUCGGAUGCUUCGUUGGAUUCUCAGCCUUGCUGAUGGUGCAAAGGCUCAGGAGACUUGGAGGCGGUGGCAAGGUUAUCACCUGUGAGGUUAAUGCAGUGAGUGCUUUUGUGGCUCGAGAACUGAUUCGAUGGGCUGGUGCUGAAGCAGAAAUUGAGGUCAGAGUCGGACUGGCAGGUGAUUGGAUUGCCACUGGUCAACUUGGUGUUCCCGAUGUGGUGAUUUUGGACCACCGUGGAGCUCGCUAUCAUGAGGACUUGUUGGCGCUGGAGCCGAUGCGAGAACACGCUCGAAUCAUUGCUGACAACGUGCUCAGCCCUGGAGCGCCUUUGUUCCUGAACUUCGUGGAUGGGCGCUAUGCCAUUGCUAUUCACGAGGUAGAUGAGUUUCUUCGUGCACGUGCAGAUUGGGUUGUGACUUGUAGCCCACGACUUCUUCACAGACCCGUGCAGCCAGUGCCUGGUGAGUUCCUGGGCUUUGCAGCUGAAAUUGAUCGGUUGUGUUGGCGCAGCAGUCUGAAAGCCGGGCGAGUACAACGGCAAGAUUGGGUGGACCUGGAGGAGCAGCUGUCACCAGUGCUGCAUCAAUGGGCGUCAAAACGCGGCCUUUUGAGCUGGAAAAGAAGAGAGCUCCUGCAUUGAGAGCAAUGAAAGUCAAACUGGAACCAUGGAUGCGAUGUGAAGUGAAACUUUGUCACGGAAACACUCUCACUGACUCAGGAAGACACCCCUUCGGACCAAUCUGUCUAGACUUGCGUGUUUGAUCCGAAUCACUUCUAUUGAACCUAUUUGGACCUAUUCGGCUCUGGGCCCACUGAGGUCCGCAUACAUGAGAGGCUGGAUGGCUCUGUUUGAGCAUCGAGAUGGCAGACUUUGUGUCCAACACAACUGCUUUGACCAGCAAAGUGGCAGGCUUCACACCCUCAAGCAACUUGCGACCCAGGCCAUGUCACCC